GCCCUCGAUGGUUUGACACCUCUACCCUAGACACUUUCUAUUUUUUGAUUGCGUUGUUGUCGAGAAAACUGGCAAAUUAGUACUUUUCCGCGUAAUACAUUGUUAAACAAAAUCAAAGGAUCGCACUGAGACAGAGUCAGGGAUUCUCACGUGAGUUGUGAGUGUCUGUGUGCAAGCCGUGUUGAUUGGAGCGAGGAAAAGGAACCAGAAAAAGUAUAAAAAAAUCGAAGAUUUUUUUUCGCGAUGGCCGAAGUUGAGAAAAUGACAGCGGCUCCACCGACCGAUAUACCCGUCUCCUCGCCGAAUGCCAGUGAGGCGGGCGGUGGUAGCAGCAGCACAGCAGAAUUGGGGACAUCCCCCAACCAGGAGCCGUCGAGCAAUUCGCAUCCCCAUGACUCUGAGUACGACACCGCCAGCGAUCUGGAGGGUGGCGAGGACUACGACGACGAGAGCGGCAGCGAGGAGGAUUCGGAGACGGACGAGGACGAUGUGGGCAGCGAGACCACCGAGGAUGAUAGGCAGAGCGGCACGGUCAGCGGCAACGACAAUUGCCAGGACAGAUCUGUGGCCGACAGCGAGGCGCAGAAGAAAGUCGACGAGGAUCGCAGCAAUCCCCAGUACAUACCGAAACGCGGCACCUUCUAUGAGCACGAUGACCGAACGGCCGAAACCGAGGGCGGCCCGGUCCUCGAGACGGAGAGCAGCUCUCAGACAUUGCCAGAGUCAAACGGUGAGGUCAAUGGGGUCUCUGCCUCGGGUGCCACGCCCAGUGGACAGCCUCCGACCAUAUCGCAGGCCUCCAAGACCAUGAAGCAGUGGCAGCCAGCCUCUGGUGGCGAUCGUUGGUCCCACGAUCGGUUCGAAGCCGCCGAUCAGGCCCCCAAGUCGCGGGCGGAGCUGCUGCAAUCCUAUGGCUAUGAUAUCCGCAAUGAGGAUGCUCCACCACGUGCCCGUCGGCGCAGACGCUACACCCGUGGCCCCAGCAAAUACUCGCGCAACUGGGAGGACGAGCAGGCGUAUCUGAAGGCCAGCAACAAGGAACGCAAGCCACCCCGACCUCAGGACUUCCCGGCAUUGAAUGAGCGCAAGCCGCGUAGGCCCCGCACUUCCUCCUUCCGCGAGGAGAAGGAGAAUCGCCGCUCAGAGCGCGGUGGCGACAAACCACAAGGAGGAGGUGGUGGUGGUGGAGGCGCAGGCGGGGCCAGCGGCUCGAAUCCCGCCCCACGAGCCCAGGAAGUGGAGCGUGAGCGGGAACGUGACCGCGAUAGGGAGCGUGAGCGUGAGCCAAAGAACCGCAACUAUGGGCGCGUGAAUGGCGGUCCGGCUCGACAGAAUCCCAUGGAGUUUAAGCCAAAGUCAAACCGUGGUCCGCCACCAGACCGCCGUGAGCGUGGGGAGCGUGGAGAUCGUGGAGAGCGUGGGGAGCGUGACCGCGAGCAGGAUCAGGUGGAUCAGCGCAACGAGCGUCCGCAUCAGAAGCCGUCUACACCCAGAUCAAACGGACAGGCCAAGCCAACUCUACAGCAGAGCCAGCAACAGCCGCCGCCGCAGCAGCAGCGUCAGUCGCCACAGCAGGUGCAACAGCCUCCACUGGCGGCGCCUCAGACACAGCUUUCGACCACUAAUCUGUCGCAGCGACUGCAGCAGGUGCAGCAGCGCAACGAUCCCAGUCAUGUGGGCAGCGUUCAGAUGCAUUCUCUGGCCAACCAGAACCAACAGCAGCAGCAGCAGCAGCUACAACUCACCCAGCAGGCACAGCCGGCAGCUCCAGAGCCUAGGACUGCACCCAAACGAUACUCCAGUCUCCGUCGCUCCCAGCAGGAGGCAUCCCAACACUUGGCAGAGCAGCAGCAGCAACAGCAACUGCAGCAGCAGCUUCAUCUUCAACAGCAGCAGCAACAGCAGCCCUCACAGAUUAUGAUACAGGAUCCGCAUGUCCUGAUGCAGUUUGCCUAUCAGCAGCAAGAGAUGCAGGCCCAGCUCCAGACACUGCAACUGGGACCGGCAGCAGCUGCCGUGCCAGCGCCACCAAAGCAACAUGCCCCGCCAGCGGCAGCCUAUCCACAGGCACAGGGGGCACCCUAUUAUGUGACUGGAGCGGAGCCGGUGCCGGUGCAGGUGCCGGUUUCGGUGUCAGUCCCCCCAGCGUCCCCUUACGUUAAUCCGGCCAGUGCCGCCUACUUGCCCACCACCCCGGCAGCCGUGGCCUUUGCCCAGGCCCAGACAUCGGUGGUGACGCAGCCACAGCCUCAGCCGCCGGCCCAGGCGCCAACGCCAGCUGCGGCUGCCCAGGCGCCACCGUCCAUGAACUUCCAUCAGAACUACAAUACGGUCGGGGGCACAACCUACUUUGUGCCACCGGUCCAGACCACGAGCCGACCUGCUGCCCUGCCCCAGCGACGACCCACCAAUGCGAUUCCCAUCCUGCCGCCAUCCGAGAAGCACAAGACGCGUCCCGGAGGACUAGCCGGGCCAAACGCCAACCAGACCAAGGAGGAGGGCGGACACGCGGACAACAUUGACCACAUCAUUGACAACAUGUUCGUGCAGCGACCCGCAUUCCAGCCACCGGCCACUGGGGAGGCUGCGGCUGCGGGUGCCAAGGAGGAUGUGGCCAAUAGCAAUCCCAUCCUUCCGUCACUGGCGGCAGCCGAACAGAACCUUCAGCCCGUGCCGGCUGCUGGGCAGGAAUGAGUGUACGCCAACCUUCAACAUCAGCAGCUGCAACAGCACCAGCAGCAGCAGCAGCAAAGGCGCGGGCGACACGCCCCCGGGCACUCAGUUCCUUUGCCCGCCUAUGCCCUGCUGCCGCCGCCGCACAUUGGCUACUACCGCCAGCAGCACUAAUUCGGAUAUAAAGCACCAGUCCCCCACACAGACAAAACUCAGCUCAUCAGCGUUUGGCUGCUGCCUAUUGCCAACAAGUAGAAAUUUUUUUGGUUUUAUUUUUUUAUAUUGUUUUGGCUUCAGGUCUGUGACUUGAAUUUAAUUUUUUGUAGAAAGAAACGUAAGAGAAUUUGGCUAAAAACCAUUUGUAAUUAGCAGCACUAAGCACUAAGCACACACGCGAAAAUAAUCGUACUAGACGGAACACUAAGAGAAGAGUUACACACACUUUACCCUCCCAUAUAUAUUGUAGAACAAACGAAAUGAAACGAAACAUAUUUAACCCCAAGAGACCCAGGCCCAGGUCAGUCGACUGCUUCAAUUGAACUUGUAUGUAGGAUCUAGGAUCAUCAAAUGCAGCGUCCUCUUCCCCCUCAGCCCCUCGCUUAUUGUAUCAAAAUAAGUAAAAAAAAGUUUAAUAAGGAUGAAUUAAUAUUAUGGGAGCACUCUCCAGUUGGCUGGGCGUGCGCCUUCGCUUAAUUAGACGCAUUUUAAACAAGUGAAACGAAAAUUUAAAUUACCAUGCGAAAAUGUAUUUGCGUAAACUAAUCCAACCACUGAAACAUUGAAUUUGAAAUAAACGUUAACACGAAA